CAUUUCCAAAUCUACAGGAUCUGUUUUAAAUCACUCAGAAGACAACGCAUCCACAACACUGCUGGACAUUUACGCAUUAUAUUCCCUUUCUUAAAUUAGCCCCCCUCAGCUUCGCGAUACCGCCCCCAAUUUCAGUGUCGGUACGGAGCCGCCAGGCCGGGACAGAGACGGAGAGAGAGCCCUCGGCCAUGGAAGCGCUCGGACCCGACCCCCCUAUAGGCCCGCCGGCCCCGCCCUCCCUCUUCCAGCCCCCACGGAGACCUGGCAUGGGCACCGUGGGGAAGCCCAUCCGCCUGCUGGCCAACCACUUCCAGGUGCAGAUUCCCAAGAUUGAUGUCUAUCACUACGAUAUCGACAUCAAGCCUGAGAAACGGCCAAGGAGGGUUAACAGGGAGGUGGUGGACACAAUGGUUCGCCACUUCAAGAUGCAGAUCUUUGGUGAUCGACAACCGGGCUACGACGGGAAGAGAAACAUGUACACGGCCCAUCCACUACCCAUCGGGAGAGACAGGGUGGAUCUGGAAGUAACUCUGCCGGGGGAGGGUAAGGACCAGACGUUCAAGGUGUCUCUGCAGUGGGUGUCAGUGGUGAGCCUGCAGAUGCUCCUGGAGGCCCUGUCAGGCCACAACGAGGUCCCCGAGGACUCUGUUCAGGCCCUGGAUGUCAUCACCCGCCACCUGCCUUCCAUGAGGUACACCCCAGUGGGGCGCUCCUUCUUCUCCCCUCCGGAGGGCUACUACCACCCCCUGGGCGGAGGGAGGGAGGUGUGGUUCGGCUUCCAUCAGUCGGUCCGUCCUGCCAUGUGGAACAUGAUGCUCAACAUCGAUGUCUCCGCCACUGCUUUCUACCGUGCCCAGCCCGUGAUUGAGUUCAUGUGCGAGGUGCUCGACAUCCAGAACAUCAACGAGCAGACUAAGCCACUCACCGACUCCCAACGCGUCAAGUUCACCAAGGAGAUCCGAGGUGGGUGGGGACCUGCAGGUCUGAAAGUUGAGGUCACCCACUGUGGUCAGAUGAAGAGGAAGUAUCGCGUGUGCAAUGUCACUCGCCGCCCCGCCAGCCACCAAACGUUCCCCUUACAGCUGGAGAAUGGCCAGGCCAUGGAGUGUACCGUGGCUCAGUACUUCAAGCAGAAGUACAGCCUACAGCUGAAAUACCCCCACCUGCCCUGCCUACAAGUGGGGCAGGAACAGAAGCACACCUACCUACCCCUGGAGGUUUGUAACAUUGUGGCCGGGCAGCGCUGCAUCAAGAAGCUGACAGACAACCAGACCUCCACCAUGAUCAAAGCUACAGCACGUUCUGCACCCGACAGGCAGGAAGAGAUCAGCCGACUGGUCAAAAGCAACAGCAUGGUGGGUGGUCCCGACCCUUACCUGAAGGAGUUCGGAAUCGUGGUGCACAACGACAUGACCGAGGUGACGGGCCGAGUCCUCCCAGCACCCAUGCUGCAGUAUGGGGGACGGAUUAGUACCGACACUGGGCGGGACUGUGGCAGGGGACUCUCUCCGCAGAACAAGACAGUUGCCACGCCCAACCAGGGCGUGUGGGACAUGCGGGGGAAGCAGUUCUACGCCGGGAUCGAGAUCAAGGUGUGGGCCGUGGCCUGCUUUGCCCCACAGAAACAGUGCAGAGAGGACCUGCUCAAGAGCUUCACAGACCAACUGAGAAAGAUCUCGAAGGAUGCCGGUAUGCCCAUCCAGGGCCAGCCGUGUUUCUGUAAAUACGCCCAGGGAGCGGACAGCGUGGAACCCAUGUUCAAACACCUCAAGCUGUCUUAUGUGGGACUGCAGCUUAUCGUGGUCAUCCUGCCCGGCAAAACCCCUGUCUACGCGGAGGUGAAGCGGGUAGGAGACACUCUCCUGGGCAUGGCCACUCAGUGUGUCCAGGUGAAGAACGUGGUGAAGACAUCCCCCCAGACCCUCUCCAACCUCUGCCUCAAGAUCAACGCCAAGCUGGGAGGCAUCAACAACGUCCUGGUGCCCCAUCAGAGACCCUCUGUGUUCCAGCAACCCGUCAUCUUCCUGGGGGCAGACGUCACUCACCCUCCAGCCGGUGACGGCAAGAAGCCCUCCAUCGCGGCGGUGGUGGGCAGCAUGGACGGCCACCCCAGCCGCUACUGUGCCACGGUGCGCGUGCAGACGUCGCGCCAGGACCUGUCCCAGGAGCAGCUGUACAGCCAGGAGGUCAUCCAGGACCUGACCAACAUGGUGCGCGAGCUGCUGAUCCAGUUCUACAAGUCCACGCGCUUCAAGCCCACCCGCAUCAUCUACUACCGCGGCGGCGUGUCCGAGGGCCAAAUGAAACAGGUGGCGUGGCCAGAGCUGAUUGCCAUCAGGAAGGCCUGUAUCAGCCUAGAGGAGGACUACCGACCGGGCAUCACCUACAUCGUGGUUCAGAAACGCCACCACACCCGCCUCUUCUGCUCAGACAAGACCGAGAGAGUUGGAAAGAGUGGCAACGUCCCAGCCGGAACCACGGUGGACAGCACAAUCACCCACCCCUCUGAGUUUGACUUCUACCUGUGCAGCCAUGCUGGGAUCCAGGGCACCAGCCGGCCCUCCCACUACCACGUCCUGUGGGACGACAACUGCUUCACGGCCGACGAGCUCCAGCUGCUCACCUACCAGCUGUGCCACACCUACGUCCGCUGCACCCGCUCUGUCUCCAUCCCCGCGCCAGCCUACUACGCCCGGCUGGUGGCCUUCCGCGCCCGCUACCACCUGGUGGACAAAGAUCACGACAGUGCGGAGGGCAGCCACGUGUCGGGCCAGAGUAAUGGUCGGGACCCCCUUGCCCUGGCCAAGGCAGUCCAGAUCCACUAUGACACUCAGCACACUAUGUAUUUCGCCUGAGCCACGUGAGCAAUGUGUGCAGUUCUGUCCUCUAUCUCUCCUCUCUUUCUUUUUGCCAGUCUUUCUCUAUCUUUGUCUUGCGUCUUGAUGUGCACCAAAGCGGUUCGAAGCCAGUGAAGUAUUUUCCUUUUUGGGAAAAACGACAUCCGGCGUUCCCGAUCGAAGCCGCCCUCUACCAGCAAUCCGGCACCGAGAGACCGUUGGGGUUUCCGAUGCACAGAGAAAACAAACAAAAAACACAAGUUGAGCCAUUUUUUUUGGGAGGGGGUGGGCGUUGUUUGUUUUUGAAUGUCUCUUGUUUUUGAAAGAUACACUGAGCAAUGGAGCGGACUGACGCCAAUUGUCAGUGGCAGCUCUUAGCUCUCCCAGCUAAGCAGGACUACUUUUUACCUCAAAGCCCUUUCGGGGGGCGAAAAUCUGUCAAGUUCUUGGGUUGGGGGGGUCAUGGGGGGUUUGCAUGGAAACAUGGGUGGAGAGGAUCUUUUGAGAAUGAUAUAUAUAUAUAUAUAUUUUUUUUUUUUCUUUUAUGAUCGUGUUUUAACUUUCUCCUUUUCUUCAGUCUUUUACAAGCGAGGUCCCCUGGGUAUCCAUACCCAUUAGUCUUCUCCCAUUUAGCGAAGAAUUAAGUCCUUGAGUGUGUGUUUGUGUGUGUGCGUGUGUGUUUGUGUAUAUACGUGUGUGUGUGUUUCAUGGCAGGCCACUGAAUUGUAAAGGGAAAAUCAAGAACUGCUGUAAAUGCCUCAGAUUUGAUGUUUUUUUUUUAUAUAUUCACACAUGACAUAUAUAUAUUAAUAUUUACAUCUAUAGAACAGAUUGAACAAUACAGGCUUCACAGAGGCCGGUGAGUGUAUGUGUAGCAGUAGCAACCGUGGUUUAGCCGAUGUGAUUGACUCGGCAUUGGGACCUAUUGAAUGGUUGAGAGCUUUUGCGGGGUUACGGCAUUGGGCUAAGCCGCCUUAUUUGGUGCCCCAUGUGAGGAAGGGGAUUCAUCCCUUAAACCUGUUUGUCUGAAUGGUUAUGACAUUGUUAGGGCGGCGCACGUUUUUUUAGCAAGGCGCUAGUCGUCUGAAUUUUUCGGAGGCGGAAAACCCAUUCGCUUAACUUUUGCGGUCUCCUUUGCUACCGGCCAAUUCAUUGCACUGACCCGGGACGCUAGGCAAGCAACAGAGGGCACUCUCUCUUACCUUUUUAUGCAUUUAUACAUCAGAAUCAAAAAGCAGAAUUUGUAAGAGUUUAAUAUAAAACCGUUUUGUGGCUAAUCUUAACUAUUGUUCAGACUUAGUAGUUAUAUUUGAUGUUGUUAUCUACGAUUAUGAUAAUUAUCAGACUGGCAGCAAUCGGAUGUGUAGUUAUGAGAUCAGGGUAAGAGUGGCUGGGUUUAGAUUUGCACACUUUGGUAGCAUUCUGGCCUACGGUGGAGGGAGGCCCAAGGUGUAUCGGUUUAUGCUCCCUUCUGCUCCUCAGUGAUGUAGUAGGGAAGGGUUUGGCUGUGUUCUCCAGUAGGAAAGCUCUCUGUUGAGCUAUCACCGUUACCCCAGACUGGUAAAACAGGAGGCAGAAGAGUACUGUUGGCAGCAGGGGAUUUCGGUUCGAAAUGGAAGAAAGGUGACAAUCAGAGCUGGCAUUAGGAAGAAACUGGGACCGAGCGAGUGGUAAAAAGAAGUAUGAAAUAGGCAAUGAGUAGAAUUUUUAGAACUUCAUAAUGUGUAUCUAUGACUGUUUGUGUGUAUUUGAACAAGUAUAUCUAUUCAAGUCUAAACUUUUGGUGUUUUUUUUGUAUUUUUUAAAUAAGGUUUUGAAAACCGGAUAUGAAUUGACAUAAAGCAUAAACACUGCCCAUGGACCUAAGAACACCUGACCAGUCACGACCACGGUUAAAGAUCCUAUUUAACCAGUCGUGGUUAAGGUUAUUGCCGUGCAAGACUGCGGUGAGGGUGGGUGGGUGGUGGGGGGGGGGACGACUGCGGUGCACCCACCUCGCCAGGGUUGGCUCUGCGAAAAACCCUUUUGUAAUAAACCAUCCGUAAAGCAGCAGGUUUGCUAUGAUUGAGUUUGAGCCCCUACCUGUCGAGAGCUUGGGCGCCGGCCUGUCGAGGGCUUGGGCGCCGGCCUGUGGGAGCGAAGCAUGGUGGGGUUCCAGGCAUUGCAUGCAAUAAGUUUUGAGGGGCGGGGCUGAGCUGUUGAAGACGUGCACUAGUUUUCCUACGGGGAAAGGGGGCUGCAGAGAGCCAGGUGUUGUAGUCUGUGGCCCUCUGUGGGUGUGACCAGACUGGAGGAGUGUGCAGGAUGUGGGUGUGGUCUCCUAGCAGGGGAUCCAAAAGGCGGUGUUGACUCCUCAGUUUUGAACAUAUUAUCAUUGCAAAGCAAUAUUAACUCUAAAUCCAGUUUUCGAAUGUGGAAAAAUGUAUAAUUCUUCUUGUCGACGUGGCUGUUGGUCUGCUCUCUGUCGCUGUAACUAGUUUUUUUUUUGUUGCCUGUAUCAAUCAGUGGGAAUGUGCAUUCGGUGGACUAGCUCUUUAGGCACUGAGAAAAAAGGUCAAAACAUUUAGACUUUUCUCACCUGCAUGCCAGAGUAUUGUCCCUAAAAAUAAAAAAAAUAAAGAAAAUAAAAAUACACUUUUAGAAUCAAGUGAGACAGAAGGAGAAGAAAUAUUGGGUAAAUGUAUAUGAAUUUAGUGAGACUGUUUUAGGCUAGCAAUAUUGUCCAGUCUCUUCAAGAUGUUUUUGAAAGAUUCCUACACAAAUGUCAGUUAAAAAAAAAACGGAGGCACAGGCCGCUGGAGGUUGAGCGUUCGAGCCUUUGCAUCGUGACCCGAAGACAAACGAGGUACUUUCUUCAAACGUGGGCCCGGUAAAGACUUUACCCCUCGACCCCUCACAGGCCCCAGUGUAGCGUCCAUUUAGGCCUCCACUUCCUGGUUUGUGCCCCUGCCACGCCUCUCGGGGCUCCCUAGUCUCGUGGCGCCACCCUGCUGGCCACCCACACAAGCGCACUUCCUCUCUGUGGGGGGCCUCGCCCAAGGCGUCCACAGCCACAGGAAUACCUCUUUUUAACAUUUUUAACGAUCCAUUCUUUCUGUGCCCCGUUUGAAAGAGAGCAUGAUUUAUUUUUUAAUUCCUCUUUGAUAUAAUAUCUACAGAUUUGUUAUUUGACAUUGUAAGUGUAAGUACAUUUUUUUUUUAGUUCUUUAUUCUCGUGUGUAGCUCUGCUGUUUUCUGCUAGUGGUCUGAGCUGUGUGACUGUCCAACAGCAAUAGAACAGUACCCUGUCUGACCUGCUGGGGAGGGGUGGGGCUUCCUCAAGCCCCUCCCACAAGGGUGCCCAAUCACUUGCUGUAUUGCUAUGUGACAUGUUUUAAACUUUUUUUUUUUUUUUAGCCUGCAGGGAAUAUUUGUUAUUGUGUAAAGUAAUAAAUUGGUAUUUUAUGCCUAUAUCAUA